GCGGGGCUCGUGCAGGAGGGGCGGGGCGUCCAGGCUUGUCCACCGGCCGGCGUUGCUGAGGCCGGUGGCUCUCCAGCGACCUCUUCUCGAACAGCUAGGCAAAAGAGGCCAGGUCCAUGGAUCGAGCGGCGGUGGCGAGGGUGGGCGCGGUAGCCAGCGCCAGCGUGUGCGCCCUGGUGGCGGGGGUGGUGCUGGCCCAGUACAUAUUUACCUUGAAGAGAAAGACAGGCCGGAAGACCAAGAUCAUCGAAAUGAUGCCGGAAAUCCAGAAAAAUUCAGUUCACAUCAAGAACCCUACAAGAGUAGAAGAAAUUAUCUGUGGUCUUAUCAAAGGAGGAGCUGCUAAACUUCAGAUAAUAACAGACUUUGAUAUGACACUGAGUCGAUUUUCCUACAAAGGAAAAAGAUGCCCAUCAUGUCAUAAUGUCAUUGACAACUGUAAGCUAAUCACAGAUGAAUGUCGAAAAAAGUUACUGCAACUAAAGGAAAAAUAUUAUGCUAUUGAAGUUGAUCCUGUUCUUACUAUAGAAGAGAAGUACCCUUAUAUAGUAGAAUGGUAUACUAAAUCACAUAGUUUGCUUGUUGAACAGGCUUUACCAAAAGCCAAACUUAAAGAAAUUGUGGAAGAAUCUGACAUUAUGCUCAAGGAAGGAUAUGAGAAUUUCUUUGAUAAGCUGCAACAAUACGGUAUUCCUGUGUUCAUAUUUUCGGCUGGUAUCGGUGAUGUGCUGGAGGAAGUUAUCCGUCAAGCUGGUGUAUAUUACCCAAAUGUCAAAGUAGUGUCCAACUUCAUGGAUUUUGAUGACAAUGGGCUGCUCAAAGGAUUUAAAGGAGAACUAAUUCAUGUGUUUAACAAACAUGAUGGUUCCUUGAAGAAUACAGAAUAUUUCAAUCAACUAAAAGACAAUAGCAACAUAAUUCUCCUGGGAGACUCCCAAGGGGACUUAAAAAUGGCAGAUGGAGUAGCCAAUGUGGAACACAUCCUGAAAAUUGGGUAUCUAAAUGAUAGAGUGGAUGAGCUUUUAGAAAAGUACAUGGACUCUUAUGAUAUUGUUCUAGUAAAAGAUGAAUCACUGGAAGUAGCCAACUCUAUCUUACAGAAGAUUCUAUAAACAACCAUUCUUCAAGAAGACCUCUCGCCCGUGGGUGCAAUUGAUGAAAGAGCUGCUCAUCUGUUCAUCUGGCUAAAAGACUUUUUUUAUUUAUAAUAUAUUCUUGCUCUUGAAGUUUUUCCUCUGUAUUACUGAAGUAUUUUCAGAUUUGUUGAAUCCAUCAACUGGAAGUUCCUAUUUCUCCACCUCUCUCAACACACUCCUCACUAUAUUUUUUAACAGAUUUUAAAAAAUUCUUAGAGCUAAAAUUGGAAAAAUAACUCCCUAAAUUUCCAGAGUGACUUUUGUAGCUUAAUGUUAUUAUGACAUUUUCGAGGAAUCUUUUUACAUUGGGAAAGUUUGUAGAAGUUUUAAAAGUUUUAUGAAAUGAUGAAAUAAUGUGCAUGAUUUUAAGUGUUGUCAUUUUUAUAAUUUGGGUGAAUUAUGCUGAUGGUAUUAAUCAUCUCCUAAAACUUACGUUUAGUUCUUUUGUUUGGUAAAAAUCAGUAUUUACCAAAAAAUAUUGGCACUUGAUGUUUGAAAAAUAUCCAUUGGUAUCAACAUGUCACUAAUCAUUACAGAAUGUUCUGUAUCAAAGCACUGACGAUAAACAUGAAAUGAAAAACCUU